AUGUCAUUUUCAAUCGAAUCCAAGAUUAUUGAACCGUACCUGGUUCUCCGCCAAAGUCUGGCACCCCUCAGGCUUUCCAGAUGGCAAAUGUUCAAAUUCAUCGCCAGAACUGUCCUCUAUUCAGCUUUCCCUCGUGUCUUCCUCCUGGGCACGGUCCUGAGUCUUGUCGUGUACGGUCUAUAUCGCGCAACUUGGGGUCGACAGCAACGGGAACCUGAUCAUGGCUUUCCCAUCGUCAAAAGAAAUGAUUACCAUUUCGACACCAUCAUUGCGGAAGGAAAGAAACUGUAUCCGGACAAGCCUUUCAUGGCCAUCAACAAACGAUACAGAUUCGUCAUCUACCCUACCAGCAGCUGGGACGAGCUCAAACGAGUUCCCGAGCAGACAGCAUCUAUCAUGAACUUCCAGCAUGUGUGUAACUCUGGCGAUUGGAGUCUGAUCGGCGGCGAGACACACGAACUCGUCAAAACCAUCACUGCCGAACUGACCCGCUCCCUGCCCGCACGUGUCCUCAACCGUCAGCAAGACGCCAAAAUGACCUUUGACACCAUUAUCGGUCACUGCCCCGAGGAAAAGGGCUUCAACCUCCUAAUGACGUCUUUGGAGAUCAUCGCCAAAAUCAAUGCCUGCACAUUUGUUGGCAGAGAGCUUGGGCGCAAUCAGCGCUGGGUCAAAGCCGUCAUCUAUUCUCCUCUCUUCGUUUACAUGGCAGUCACGCUCCUGAAUGCUACACCAAGCAUCCUGAGAUCGAUUUUGCGUCCUUUGUACUUCCUGCCUGUUACCAAGAAUUACUGGGACAUGAAGCGGUUGCUGAAGCCAAAGCUCGACGAUGAAAUCAAGACAUUCAAGGAAACCAAGGAUAAGCGCAAACUUCUCGUACCUAAGUCAGAUGAAGAUCUUCCCUUCACGCAAUUCCUGCUGUCACGAUACACCGAAGCUGCAGCAACGAUUAAGCAACUCGUCACAGACUACAUUCAAGUCAGCUACACCUCUACACCGACGACCGCUUCUGCAUUGUAUCACGCGUUAUGGGAGCUGGCACAGCAUCCCGAGGCAGCCGAUAUCUUGCGUCAGGAGCUCAAAGAGGUUAUGGUGGACGGUCAGCUGCCAAGGACCCACCUUCAAGAACUGAAGCGAAUGGACAGCUUCCUCCGCGAGUCUUUCCGACUUCAUCCCAUUACUCGCUUCACUCUUCAACGUUACGUCAAAGAGCCUUUCCAGCUUUCUGAUGGCUCUACGGUCCCGCCCGGCGUGAUGGCUGUUGUAGACGCGCAGGAGAUCAACAGGUCCCCUGAUCUCUGGGAGAAUCCUGACAAGUUUGACAUGGACCGUUUUUAUCGCCUGCGGGAGUUGUCUGGCAACGACAACCGCUAUCACUUCGUGACCACUAGCUCGAACUCGCCGGGCUGGGGCGAUGGAUUGCAGGCCUGCCCCGGUCGCUUCUUCGCCACUAGCACGCUCAAGAUCGUCAUCGCCCAUGUUGUUAUGAACUAUGACAUUCGUCUGAGGAAGGUGGCACCUCUGAAGAGCAGUCCCUUGGUCAACGGGUCGUACGCACCGGACAAUUCGGUUGAGAUAUUGUUCAAGUCUCGAUCUCCCAAGUAA